AUGGAUUCCCCUGGAGUAGCUCAACGUCUAGCACUUGGCUUGAUGGAUACUUUUCAGAGUAUGAAUGAGUUCCAGGUAUUUGUAUUUUGUGGAACUGUGGUAUUGUUAGCUGCCUGGGCCGCCUGGUGGUAUACCAAGUUCAAAUUCAUGCCGAUUCAACACCCUAGGGAGCCCAAUGAGAUGCCCUAUCUUAUCCCUUAUGUUGGAAACGCCAUUCCGUUUUUCAAGAAUUCUCAACUAUUCCUAGCCAAGGCGCAAAAUUCGGUUGGUAGGGAUAAAUCACCGUUUGCUUUUACAAUUUUCGGCACCAAGUUUUACGUCAUCUCGGAUCCCAAACAUGCCAAGGAGGUGGACAAGAACAAUGGCACGCUUUCUUUUGACGAGUUUAUUUUUGACUUUGUCAAGAGCACUGGUGUGAGCGAUGAGGGUAUGAAAGCCUGCUAUUUCAAGAAGUUGCCCGAGCAUGGGGCCGACUUCCCAAACCCAUCAGAAGACCCGAUAGGCGUUCUCGUUCGGCAUAUGCAUGUCCAUCAGCUUCAUCCCGGAGACAAUCAAAAGAAUGUAGAAAAGCGCUUUCUGCAUUCCUUUGACCGCGAUCUGCAAAUAGAUCGCAUAAGGAACUCCACCGUUAUAUCAAAUAAUGUUGUUGAAAUAUCUUUGUAUAAAUGGUGCGGUGACUUCUUCACGCGAUCAGGGGAGUAUGCCUAUUUUGGUGAUACGCUGGCUGGUAUCGACGACAAGUUCUCGGACAUGUUCUAUAUAUUCGAUGAGCUCAGCUGGCAGAUAACAUACAAGAUACCAGGGAUAUUUGCUAGUGAAAUGAAGGCUGCCCAUGCCCGUCUUUGUCAAAGUUUGAAGUUGUACUUUCAAACCCCCCAGAGCGAGAGAGGCGAGCAGGCUUGGUUUACCAACUCUGCUGAGAAAGGCCUCAGAUCAGUGGGUGUCACGGACGAGGAUAUUGCUACGCUUUUCUUGACAAUUUACUUGACUAUCAACACCAAUACACGCCGGGCUGCAUUUUGGAUGCUAACUUUCCUACUCUACAACCCUCAUCUAAUAGAAGCAGUACUGGAGGAGACAAAGGCCGCUUUCGAUGCUGGCAAGCUCAUUGACCCCACAUAUCUCUCAAACCACGAACUAUGUCCUCAACUAGAGUCGAUUUGGCUCGAGACUCUACGCGCCACUUCCACGGGGGCAUCUGUUCGCUGUGUCAACAAGGACACGAUCAUUGGUGGAAGACUUUUACGGCAGGGGAACAAAAUAUUGAUUCCCUCCAGGCUGCUUCAUUUGGAUGGGGACGCGUGGGGUAAAUCCGCGCGCGAAUUCCGCCCCGAGAGGUUUCUGAGCAAGAAGAAUAGUGCUCGGGGAGGCAGCUGGAGACCGUUUGGGGGCGGCAGCACGCUUUGCACGGGCCGUUUCGUUGCUGAGCAUAUGAUUAAGGCUUGUGUCACUAUGAUCUUGCAUCGUUUUCAUUUGCAAAUUGUCGGCGAUGCCGCAUUACCAAUGGGUGACGAGUGCACGCCUGGCCUAGGCAUCAUGGGCAUCACCCAAGAUGAAGACUUUAAGGUCGACAAAUCCACUCUAGGUCAAGCAACUCUUCUUGGUCUUUUCCAGGACACUGGACUGGAUAACGCUGAGUAUAACAAUCUCAACUCGCUGUUUUAUACAGGUUAUAUCCUUGGCCAAGUUCCAGGUCAAUUCCUGAUCCAGCGUCUCCGCCUUCGGACUUACAUCUCCGGAACCAUCUUUGCAUGGGCUGUCAUUAUAUUCCUCCACUGCGUAGCCAAGAGCUAUGGUGCUCUUAUCCCACUAAGGUUCUUCCUCGGAUUCGUUGAAUCGCCUAUGAUUCCUGCUCUGGAGAUCACCAUGAACAUGUUUUUCACGCCAGAGGAGGUCCACCAGGUCCAACCCCUCUUCUACAUCUCCUGCAUCGGCUCGCCCAUGUUCACUGGCCUCGUCUCGUAUGGCCUUCUUUUCAGCAAGGCCGCUGUCAGCCCGUGGAAGUUCUUCAUGAUCAUUACCGGUGGAAUGUCGCUUCUGCUGUCUGGACUCACCUGGGUGGCAUAUCCCAACAACCCUGCAACGGCCUGGUUUCUGAGCACGGAAGAGAAAAUUCAGACUAUCCGUCGGGUUCAAAAUUCGACGAGAAGCGCUAUUGAGCAGAAGACUUUCAAGAAGUAUCAGUUUCAUGAGGCCUUGCGAGAUCCUGUAUCUUGGCUCUUUGCCAGUGCAGGUUUCACACUGAUGCUGGCAAAUAACCUACCCUACCAGCAGAGUCUUUUGUUUCUUGAUCUUGGUGUAUCGGAUCUUGGAUCAACCUUGGUUUGGGUUGCAUCUGGUGGCUUUGCAAUCAUCUGUUGUAUCGUCGCCUUCCUGCUUAUCCGCAUCUUCCCUGGUUACAACGCCUACUGGGCAGCACUGUGGAGUCUGCCAUGUAUUGCUACAAGCAUUGGCAUAGUUACGAUCUCCUGGGGCGAGACAAUCCCGAUGUUGGCCUGCUUGCUGAUCCCUCCUAAUUGCUUUGCGCAAACUUGGAUCAUCUCGGUUGGCUGGUUGUCCUCGAGCUGUGCUGGCUACACUAAGCGACUCACUCGUAACGCUAUGUUCAUGGUCUUUUACGUAAUUUCGAACAUUAUCUCCCCGCAGCUGUGGAAGUCAGGAGGACCGCGCUACCAUGGCGCCUGGAUCACUCAGAUCGUUGUUAGCUUCACCUUAACGCCGCUCAUUUUAAUCCUCAUUAGGUACAUUCUCUCCAAGCGAAACAAGGAACGUAGGCAGUGGAUCGCAGAGCAGGCUGCAUUAGGCAAUUAUGGUGAGGGAUAUGUUGAGCAGUCUAGCGAUAGAGGCGAUACUGUCAAAAGGUUGACGUUGCUAUGCUCGACUUGA